AUGUCCGGACUCGCAACUUCGCCGCCAGGGUCAUUCCCAUCGUCGCCUUCCUUCGGCGCUUCUCGAUCCUCGUCGACAUCCUCAAGACGACCAACGCUCUCUCUCGACCUCUCCAACCUCCCUCCUCUGUCUCAACCAACACCGGCAUCCAACACCCUCCUCAUCACAGACCUCAAUGACCUCGUUCUCUUCCAACCAUCGUCGCUUGCUGCUAUCCGCGCUCAGAUUGAAUCCAUGGCCCUUCUGAACUCGUUCUCCCCACUGCCGUCCCUACGGCGCAUCGUCUGUUCAUUCCUCUCCGAGGAAGACGCCGCCAACGUCCGCAAACUCCUUAACGGCGCACCUCUUCUGGGCCGCAACAUCCGCGCAAAGAUCUACUUCGGUGAACCCACCCCAAUCCUGGACGAACAGGAAGCCCUACGACCCAAGCUUCUCGAGGCCCCACAGUUGGAUAAGCUCUUCUUCAUCUCCCCGCCUCCCAGCCCUCCACACGGAUGGGUCAUGCGCAACGAAGAGCCACCAAACAAGGAAGUCCACGCCAGUGACCUGGCCCAUGCUCUGUCGAAACUCAACACCGAGCAGUCAAGUGGCUUUGUCGCGGACGUGGAACCCGGCACUCCCAUGUCCAUCUCCUCCGAUAAGAGAACCGGCAGCUGGCCCGUGGCUAUGUCGCAGCAACGCAGCAGAAGCAGUACUCUGAUCUACCAUCCCGAUGAGCACGGUGGCAGUCCCAAUCUCCCUGCCGUCAUGGUGGAGGAUACGAGUGCAACGCUAGAUGAUCUGGAUGUCGAGAUGAGUCCGAUCGAGAUGUCAGUGAAGAAGAUGCCUCCCAAGACAUCUCGGCCGCCAGUCGAGUUGAUGGAGUAA